AAGCAGGAGUCUCCUUCAAGAAGUGAAAAAACGUGUCACGCUGCUUUUGUUCAAUCAUUUAAAGAAAAAUAAGCGAACUGUUGUAAAGUAGUGAAUAGUUGAAUCAACCGGCAUACAAUAUAUUCUUGACGAAAAAGCAGACGACUGCAGGGAAAAAUGUCCGUCUCUGAUAAGCAGAAAAUGAUUGAAAUCCUACAAGAAUCGGAACGGAUCGGUGACCAAAUACUGAUGCGCAAACAAGAGUUGAUUGCACUCGAUAAGCGUCGCCAGGAAACCCGGGAGGCUAGUCGUGUCAUAAGAACCAACUUUCCCAAAGAUGAUGCCAAAGUUUGGAUCACAGUGGGAUCCAUGCUGAUGAAGAUGAAGCGGCCGAAAGCGCUGGAGCUUCUAGCGAAAGAUGCAGAACAAAUUGAAAAAGAGAUUAAUCGGAUACGAGCCGAACAAAAAGUUCUGGUCAGCAAACAACGUGAUCUGGAACAUGACACUCCCUUGAGGGGCUUCGAUUUGAAACCUCUGAGUAGUGAAGAGAUCUCCGCCCUAAGAGCUAAUACUUAGCUGCCAAACAAUUCAAUCCAACUUUUAAGAAUUAAAGCUAAUUUAAGAGAUUUAUUUGCAUUGAA